CUCCACCUCCCCGUCUCUUUUCAUUGGCACACAGACGCUGAAAGGAUUCGCUAGUGGGGCUUCUGCACAUUCUUCUUCGGCUCGGAAAAUCAGGCGGGCAUAUCCCACAUUCUUCUUCUGCUUCUCCCUUUUCUUAUUCUCCGCGACUCUCUCUCUCUCUCUCUCUCUCUCUCUCUCUCUCUCUCUCUCUUUCCUUCCUCUUUUUCUUCAUCUCCGUGUUGAAGCCGCGCUCUUUUGUUGGCGCCGGGGGAACGCAUGGGACCCUCACAUGUAGGGGGAACUUUUUUUUGGAGAGAAGCGAGAAAGGCUGGAGUGGGCGGCCGUGGGACGCGCGGACAGACGCUUCUUGGAGCAGCGCGGAGCGUCAGUGGCUAAACUCGUUCUCUGGAAUACAGGACGCGGCAGCAUCCUCCGUUCACUGCUCUAAUGUUCGCUUUGCCUGGCGACAUGGAUUUGGAGGGGCAGCCUGACCCAGAUCCCCGUGGUGAAGGAGACCCGGGUGGAGUCGGGCCAGUUCCUGCUGCUCUCCGUCCUCUGCAUGCUCUUCAUCCUCGUGGCGCUCGCCGUGUCCACCACGUUCUUCUGCGUGCGGCAGCGCUCACACCUCCACAUGAAGGAGAAGCUGGCCAGCCUGGGGACUGACACCGGAACAGAUGCAACCGCAACCUAUCAGGAGCUCUGUCGCCAGCGCAUGGCCAUCCGGACGUCAGAGCGCGUGGAGAGGCCGGAGACCCUGCGUCACUCUCGGCUCAACAGUGUCUCCUCCCAGUUCAGCGAUGGACCUGCAGCCAGCCCGUCCACCCGCAGCAGCACCUCCUCCUGGUGUGAAGAGCCCGUGCCAUCCAACAUGGACAUCUCCACCGGUCACAUGAUACUG